AUGAAGGUUUGUUGUCAAGAUUUCUUCUUUUCAAGAUCAAAGAAGAGCGAUAUCUCAAGCAAAUUAGUGAAAUCAACUGAUACCGAACCAUUGCAAGCUAUCUUUAGACAUGCCAAGACCAAUAAGCAACAGAUUAAUAUUUUUGAAGAAUUAGUUGAGACUAAAGUAGCUGGACCGAACGAACUUGAUCUCAAUGAAGGACUUGAACGACAUAUGGCUCGAUUCCAAAAGUAUAUGGAUACCGUAGAAUUGCGUAACUAUUUGUUAGCACAAAAAGCCCAGAAAGAAAGCAAAUACGAUCAAGAGGAUACUAUCGAAACUAAAUUGGCCACCUUACGAGGAGAAAAGAAAGCAUCCCUUCAGCCAACGCCUAAAGUGCAAGCUGGUAUACUUCGCGGUGGAUAUAAAAGCGUGAAAGAUAUCAUGAAUUCGCAAAUAACUCAUUUACGGGGAAAAUCUGAUCAAUACAAUGCCGAAUUAGUCCAAUUACUGAAAGCUGAAUCAGAGUUAGCUGCAGCAAUUAAGAACUUAGAGCAGAGCAGCGAUGAAGAUGAUUCUAGCAAUAACUUACAACGAGCCAAACAGCAAUACAGCACUGUGAGCAUGCAAAAGCGAGAGGUAUUGAAUAAUUUGACACAAUGUGAGCAAGAUAUCAGGAAGAAACAAAAGCAAUGCGAGCAAGCAUCCUAA